AUGGCUGUGGGUGAGGCCCUGGUGCAUAUGAGGAUCACUCUCCUGAAACUCUGCCUGAGCAUCUUGCUCUUCCUUUCUGGAUGGGCCCAGAUUGGGCACUCUCAACACCAUAGCCCCCCAGAAGUAGUGAUACCCUUGAGGAUAACUGGCACCCAUAGGGUCAUGAGACCCCCUGAAUGGAUAUCCUACAGUCUGUACUUUGGAGGCCAGAAACACAUUGUCCACAUGAAGGCCAAGAAACUUCUGGUGUCCAAACCCUUCUCUGUGUUCACCUACACAGACCAGGGUGCUCUGCUCGAGGACCACCCUUUUGUCAAAAGUGACUGCUACUAUGAUGGCUAUGUGGAAGGGGACCCAGAAUCCCUAGUUUCUCUUAGCACCUGUUUGGGGGGCUUUCAAGGAAUGCUAGAGAUCCAUGACAUUGUUUAUGAAAUCAAACCCAAAAGACUUUCUACCACAUUUGAACAUCUGGUUUAUAAGAUGCAGAGAGAGAAGACACAAUUCCCAUUUAUGAGAUGUGGACUAACAGAAGAAGAACUAGCACGACAACUGAAGCUUCAAAGGAGUAAUAAUUCCAUUCUGAGGCAAAGUGGCUAUGAAGGGUGGUGGACCCACAAAUGGUUUCUAGAAACAGUUUUGGUUGUAGACUAUAAGCGAUUCCUUUAUAAGAAAAGUAAUGUCUCACAUGUAUUAGAGGACAUAUUUGUCAUUGUCAAUCAUAUACAUUCCCUUUUAAGUCCAUUGGAUGUUGAUUUGUGUUUACUUGGAAUUGAGGUCUGGAAUGAAAAGAAUCUUCUCAAUGUCACUAAUGACAUGGUUCAAGUCCUGGAUCUGUUUUGCGACUGGAAGGUAGCCAGUCUAAAUUCUCGCAUAAAAAAUUAUAUUGCACAUUUUCUGGCACACCAAACUUUUGAUAGGUAUAUUGGCUUAGCCUAUGUUGGAACUGUUUGUAUACCUCCUUAUAAUUGUGGAAUUGAGAGUUUCCUGGGAGAUAAAUUGUAUGAUAUUUCACUUAUCAUAACACAUGAAAUGGGUCAUAAUCUGGGUAUGAAGCAUGAUACACCAGAAUGUAAAUGCGAGCAUCGUGUUUGUAUCAUGCAUGCAUCAGAAAUGGAAGGCUAUAGAUUCAGCAAUUGCAGUUAUGCUCAAAUUUGGAGUACCUUUCCAGUUCUGAAUUGUAUGCACAAUGUACCAAACCAAGCAGACAUCAUCAGGUGGACAGUCUGUGGGAAUGGUGUGGUUGAAAGAGGAGAGGAAUGCGACUGUGGAUUCCCAACUUUGUGUUCAAACCAUCCAUGUUGUUCGGAAAACUGCACUCUGAAAUUUGGGACUGAAUGUGCCUCUGGGCUUUGUUGUGAAGACUGCCUUCUCUUGCCACCAGGUAAAGUGUGUAGAGAAAAUGUCAGUGAGUGUGAUCUUCCAGAGUGGUGCAAUGGCACCUCACCUGAGUGUCCAGAAGAUGUGUAUGUGCAGGAUGGGGUCCGUUGCAUGGACAGUGGCUACUGCCAUGAGAAGAGAUGCAAUGCACUACCAUAUAAGUCUAUGGAAAUUAAACUGAGGUGUGCCUUGGCUCUCACACAAAACAUACCACAUUGA